AUGAGAAUUUAUCAAUGUCAUUUCUGCUCAUCUCCAGUAUAUCCUGGCCAUGGUAUCAUGUUUGUUCGUAAUGAUGCCAAAGAGUUUAGAUUUUGCCGUUCCAAGUGUCACAAGGCAUUCAAGCAACGCCGUAAUCCACGUAAGUUGAAAUGGACUAAAGCUUUCAGAAAGGCUGCAGGCAAGGAACUGGCUGUUGAUUCUACAUUAACAUUUGCACAAAGAAGAAACGUUCCUGUUAGAUAUAAUAGGGAAUUAGUCGCCACUACUCUAAAGGCUAUGGCAAGAAUUGAAGAAAUUAGACAGAAACGUGAAAGAGCAUUCUAUAAGAACAGAAUGAAGGGUAAUAAAGAAAGAGAGUUCUUAAGAGACAAGAAGCUAGUUGAAGCUAACCCAGAAUUAUUGAGAAUCAGAGAAGUUGAAAUUGCUAACAAACUAGCCAAGGAACAAGAAAGAGAGGAGAUAAGUGAAGAAGAAGAGGAAAUGGAAAUUGAUAGUGAAGAAGAGGAAGAAGAAGAAUUACAAAAACAAAAGAUUUUAUUGAAAAACAAAAGAAGGAAUGUCAAGAAAAUUGCAUUUUAA